AUGCCGAGAAAGAUAGGAUUCUCGAUCGGAAGGGUUACCAAUGUACCGUCGGGCAGGGGUGAAGACUAUUACUUGAGACUGUUGUUGAACUUUCAAAGAGGUUGCACGUGUUACGAUGAUCUUAGGAAAGUCGAGGAUCACGUCUACCCAACUUUCAAAGAUGCGUGCUUUGCGCUUGGACUACUAGAUGACGACAAGGAGUACAUAGCUGGCAUAAAGGAGGCAAACGAGUGGGCCAGUGGUGACUAUGUGAGACGAUUAUUUGUUGUACUUUUGGUCGCAAAUAAUAUGAGCAGACCGGAACAUGUGUGGGAGUGUUGCUGGAAAGAAUUCGUCGAGGAUAUUGCGUACAGACUGCAACAACGUCGUACCAAUUCAGGUCCACAUGUGUCAGACGAUACUCUAAGAAACUACGCUUUGAUCGAAAUAGAAAAUAUAUUGCAAAGUAACAGCACAAGCCUGAGUAACUUUCCCCCAAUGCCGAUUCCAAUUGGGUCGAUGACGGAUGGCACGGUAAAUAGAUUAGUUCUCGACGAGUUGGACUAUGACGUUGAUGCUAUGUGUAAAGAGAAUAAAUACCUUUCAUCCAUUACUGAUGAGCAGAAAAAAAUGUUCGAUGAUAUCAUGGAUGUUGUUACAAAUGACAGAGGUGAACUGUUCUUUCUUUAUGGGCAUGGAGGAACGGGAAAGACUUUCAUAUGGAAAACUCUAUCGGCUGCUAUCCGUUCAAAAGGCGAAAUAGUUAUAAAUGUUGCUUCCAGUGGUAUUGCUUCGCUUCUACUUCCAGGUGGCAGAACUGCUCAUUCCAGAUUAGGACUGCCAAUAAUUGUACAUGAGAGCUCCACAUGCAACAUCAAACAUCAGAGCCCACAUGCAGAAUUGUUGUCUAGAGCAAAGCUAAUCAUAUGGGACGAGGCACCGAUGAUGCACAGGUACUGUUUCGAAGCACUCGACAAAACAAUGAAAUCCAUACUUGAUUCAGAUAUGCCAUUUGGAGGCAAGGUUGUAGUGCUUGGAGGGGACUCUCUGCAAAUUCUGUCAGUUGUGUUGAAAGCGUCGAGACAAGACAUUGUUCAUGCUACAAUGAAUUCAUCACCGUUGUGGAGACAAUGCAAGGUUAUGAAGUUAAACAAGAACAUGAGACUUCAGUCGUCCUCCUCUUCCGCCAAUGCAGAUGAAAUAAGAGAAUUUACGGACUGGAUAUUGAGAAUCCGCAAUGAUGAUGCUGGCGAGAUAAAUGACGGUGAUGCCACUAAUGAAAGUAUCGGUUUUGUGAACGAUCAUUUUUUUGUCGAUCAUAACUGGAGAGGAGAAGGUCUAUUUCAGCUCAGUCACGGACAGCUCUAUGUCGCACUCUCGAGGGUUAAGAGUCGAAGUGGCAUAAAGAUUUUGAUUAACUCGGAAUCUGGUGAUACGACCAACGUUACAAAUAAUGUUGUAUACAAGGAAGUUUUUCAGCGUAUAUGA